AUGUGGGUUCCAAGCAUUGUUUGGCUGGCCUGGGCGUAUAGUCUGACCCGUGGCAAUUCGAGCCACACGUCUGAGUCGGGCAUGGCUGUAAGGAGGACCCGAGUUCUCCCCAAGUUGAGUGGGAAGGAGGCAGACCGCUUCUUCGAGACGUGCCAGGCUAACCAGAUCCUACAGAGGUUGCAUUCAGUUCCGUCCCGAGUUCGCAGCAAGGUGCAGAAGGCGGAGGAGUUCUGCGAAAGAGGCGUUGGGACAGCCGUGUGGCAUCCGUUGCCCAACGGCUCACUCGCUGGAUUUUGCUGCCCUGCGAACGCAACCUGGUGUCGCGGCUGUGCGGAAGCUGAUGGCGACGCACAAGCAUGCGGCAGGUGCCGUGGCGGCUGGAUCUUGAAGGAUGGGCAUUGCAGCGCUUGCAUGGACCUCCCUGCGUGGCAGGACCUGCAGGGUAGAAAUUGCCAUGCCGUUGUGGAGGCAGGGGCUUGCAGCACGGGUCGCUUCCACGGCGUCUCUUCGGUGAUGGCAUGCUGCGGCUGCUCGGGCGGCUUGCGCACGGCAACAGCAUUUGCCUACUACUCGGAGCCCAUAGUUUUGGGUGAACGUGUCGUGAAGGGCCAUCCGCUGCCGCGAACGGCUUCGCGCUACUCCCUGGACAGCGCUUGCAAGCUCUUGGAGUAUAACCUCACGAUCGACGGCAGCACAGGUGAGCUGCGCUUGAAGCCCGGCUGUGAGUCCGUCGGCUGCGGUGGAGCCGUGGAAGACUUCGAGGUGUCGUGCAGGAUCACCGCCUACGAGGGCCGGCUGAACUUCUCUGCAGAGCUCGUCGUCACCGCCUCGAAAUUCCUUGCCUACGAGAACUCGGUGCUCGUGGCCAGGGCCGCCACGGCUGCUAAAUCGGCGACAGACUUCACUCCGCGGUUUGCAGCAGAGGUCUCGCCCCGGGAUCUCCAGCUCAGCUGUGCGCCGGAGCUCGCGUCCUCCGGGUCCUCUGCUUGGCUGCGGCUUCGGGACGACGGCGGCCUCACAGUGAACGCCACGGCGAAGGAAGGGCUCCCGGGAGUCACGGACCUCCACCUCCCGGGGCUCACUGCGGCCAGCGGCAGCCUCUGUCACGUCCAGCAGGGCAAGAACGUGACGGCUGUGGCUGUCUUGGUGCCGGACACCUGGACCUCCAUCCACUAUCGGCAGGCCUCCGUGAUUGUGGCACCGGGUGCAUCCCUGGGCCCUGCCUUGGAGCCUCUGACCACGGGCCAGGUGUCUCCAACCCGUUUCUCGGCCACCUGCAGCUCCAACUUCACCAAUGGCUCCAUGGAGAUUGAGUUUGACGACAUGACGGGCCUGGCGACCGUGGCGGGCUAUGUCGUUUUCCAGUUGAACAUAGCAACAGGCGCCGUGCAGGUCUCGCCUGAGGUCAACCUGUCUCACAUCUUCGACGUAGAGAGCACUACCGGCAAAGCAGUUCCACGUCGAGGCCGUUUGGACGUGUCCUGCAUCAUCCUGGGCCACUUCGAAUGGCAAGUGGGCAUACCGCAAGUCCCCAUUCAGGGAAGCCUUCACAUCUCCGUGCAGGACUCCAUUUGCUGGAAGCGAGCACUGGACACGGGCCAUGGCUGGAGCCUCGGGCGAAGCCUCGGAGGGAGCUCCCUUGGCCCUGGCGAGUGCCGCGGCAGCUGCAGGAGAGAUCCAGGCUGCGCUGUCUACAGCUACUCCCCGGGCCUCUGCGUCUCCCUCGCACCGUGCGGCCCACAUCCGAAAGACGAGUGUCAGCCCUACGUUGAGGCAGUGGAGAAGGUUGCGAACUGCAGCAUGGAGCACACGUGUCUCAACCUGACGGCUGCUGAGCCAGUGUGGCUGUACAGUGGCAUCUUCUGCCCGGUGGCAUUUGGGGUGGAGCCAGCCACGGACAAGCUCAGCUGGGUGUAUCGCAAAGAGGAGCCGGUUGUCAGCGCGCUGGACGUGUUCUACCUGCAAGCUUCCGAGAUGGAUCCAGAGGUCGCGUGCGGCUCUGGCAAUUUGCUUCUUACCAGGAGUAAUGCCACAUGGGAUUUUGAGAACGCGACUUCCAAGUACAUGGAGCUGUUCGGCUCUCACGUCGCAUGCCUCGUCAGUGUGUCCGGCGCAGAAGUGGUUCCAGCCACCUUCGAGCGCGGAGAAGAGAGCCUUUUUGGGCAGAACGAGACGGACUACUUGGGCAUAGGCUUGAGGCUCACCUUGCAGAGCCAACAUUGCCCUCUUCCGGAGACGGACGAAGAUGGGGAUGACGGCCUUGUUCAAGAGGCUCUACUCGUGGAUGACCCCACCACCACCACGCUCAAUGACUACUCCUUGCACGCCUGCGAUUGCUUCCCCAUGUCCUGGGGCAUUGAGCCACCGGUCACGGACGAGAGCUUCAUGUCAGUGCCCGGAGGCGAAAACCAGUUUGUGCCUGAAGCCAUUGAGAUCGCACGGGGCUCGCUAAUCUGUGACCAGCGCUUCCUCCAGCCUGUUUCGGCCAUGAUUCUUUUCUCGUCAAGUGAGCUCGACUGCCGCAAGGCUUGUCAAGUACAGUCGACUUGUUCCUUUUAUUGGUUUGGUUCGGCUGCGAAUUUGCAGCAGUGCCGACUCUACAGCGACUGCAAGGCCUUGUUCCAGGAGCGUGGCAGCAGUGGCGUCUUAGGAGGUAUUGUGAGAAGCCACGUGUGCCGCCGAGCAGAUCCUGCAAAGUGCUGGACCAUCAGCAAGCGCCGUACCUUCCUGCAAACUGGCAAAGAAGAUGCUGGCGCUGGCGGUUCUGAUGCCGGCAUUCUCCCCGCGAUUAGCCCGUGCCUUUUCUCGAGGUUGGUGGAGCAGUGCGACUUUCAGCUGCUGCUCGGCGGCUUUGGAGUGGAGCAGUGUUUUGGCUGCACGCAUGCGCUGGUGCAUGAAGGCGACACAUGGCCCGAGAAACGCCACAUGCCCCGCCUGUUUUCGCCUGGCAGUCAGCUCCGCUACUCGUGCUGGGCAGAGCGCUACACGGCCGUGACGGUUGUUCAGCCAGGCACGCAAAGUCCCAGCUACAACCUCUCCUGCGCAGGCGGCAAGUGGUGGGGCCCGGCAGGGCAGCUGGGCUUGAGCGGCUUUGCCUGUGGCGCUUGUGUGCAAGUGGUUCCCCCGGACUAUGUCAGGUACCAGGAGGAGAGAAAGCAGGAGCUCUACUUUGUGCCGAGCCUGGCACUUAAGGUUGUCAUUGACCAGCUCAUGCCGCUGGUGCUGAAUUUUGACGGCACGCUGCAGAAGUUCUUCAUCCCCGACUCCGUGCAGGUGGACUUCAUGGAGGGUGGUGCAGCACUUUCUCUGCCUCAGCGUGCGGGCUGCUUGAAUUGGCUUGGCGGUCAUAACGGCAGCUUGGUCAUCAGCCCGGAGUGCCAGCCAUUAUGGUGCCCCACAACUACGGCAGUAGGCUGCCAGGCUCGUCCAGGGGAACUCUUUCUUUGCCGAGCUGACGACCGGUCUCAGUGUCUCUACUCCGAGGGCUCUCAGAAGCUGCUGCUGAAUGCCGCUGGUAGAUUUUGCCCCACCUCCUUCUCAGCGACGGGAAGGAGGUCUCCUGCCCAAAUGCGAUCCACAGCAAGGGACGCAGCUUUGCCUGAGGACGCGGCCCUGCUGCAGCUGCGAUCACCUGUGUCGGCUUGUGCAACAGGCUGGCCGCAAGGGGCGCUUGAGAAAGCGCCGGCUGUUGAUGUAUUUGCCUGGGCCGCUCGGCAUGGCAACCACGCCGGUCAGGGCGCCUUCCAGCUUCGAAAUCAAAUUAACGGACAGUGUCUGAAGGCAACGCAGCGGGGCUUGACGUCAUCGCCCUGCCAGAGUGACGAGCUGACACAGCGAUUUGACCAGGAUGCACUGGACGGCUUCUUGCACGAACAGGUCGCCUUGUCGGUCACUAGCCUUUCUGGAGAGGAGAGGAAAAAAGAGGAGCAGCAGAGCUCCCAUCCGUUGUUUCGCUUGAGCUUCGGAAAAGAUUGUGGACCCUACUGCUUGGCCAACCUCAGCUUCCAGGCGAAUGCUUCCACUUUGGAAGGCUGCGAUCUUGCAGCUGCGGCUGAUGAACCCUCCGCAACUGAGUCUACAUUCGCCCUGCCCACCGUGAGAUUUUCGAACGGCUCCGCCUGUUUGGUGGUUGUGGUCAACAGAGCCUACUUAGCUUGGAGCAGCUCCUGUGAAAGAGGCUACAGCGACUGGUAUCAAAACGGCACCCGGCUCGAAUCUGUGCUCUUUCCCGGCAAGUGCAUCGAGUUUGAGAAAGGCAGAAACGAUUACAGAUUUCAGGAUUGUGGGAAGGAGAACGGUGAAGAUGCACAAUGGAAUCCGGAGCUGCAGUGCAUUUCCAACCGGUUGGCCACUAAGUGCCUGAUCUACUGCACUUCUUGUGUGGGCUCUUGGUGGAGCCAACUUCCCGAAGUGGUGGAGUGUGAUCGUGUCCCCGAAUACUAUGCUACCGCUGACCGCCAUGCUUCACCAUUGCGGCGGCAGGAAGACCUAAACGUGCUCGAAUGUCCCAGUGGCUCUCUGAUCAGCUAUGUGCAAACGAAGGCUUGGAGCGCAUUUCUCUUCUACAAGUGCAGCAGAAUGGCAACCCUUGGCUCCUGCGAGCCUGUCCUCCCCCCAAGCUACAAGAACAGCGACAAAGCCUUCCGUCAGGCGCCCUUGGAAUGCCCCAGCAGUGGAAUGGGUCUGCAGCGUGUGCAGAUUGACGCGACUGAUGCCGAGGGCGCUCUUUCUUUCAGGCUGGAGUGCUGUUACACUGUCCCCUUGUCCACGGCUGUGGGCCCCCUUGGUUUCAGAGUCCCCGGCCUCUGGGGUCAGUUUUCAGCAUUGGGGGAGAAUGGCGUGUAUUGUCCCGUUGCCCGCGACGGAACUGGGUAUUUCAACUUCUCUACCGGCGCCUGGUGUCUCGGCAGCGGCAGCUGCAUCCCUAGCGCCGCACUAGAGCCCCUUCAAGAGGGUCCCUUGCAGGGCCCUGAUUGGGCCGUGGUACCCGUCGACGAUUUCGAUGGCAUCUUCGUCCAAGGGGAUGCAAAGGGCAUAGCGGCAGCUGUGGCCAAAGUCAGCCUCAAGGCAAAGCCCAAGCCAACCUUGCUCACCUUUGUCGGCCGCGAGAAAUCUGUGGCUCCCGAGUGCAAGGUGCUGGUACCCGAUUAUGAAACCGUGGGCCAGUUCUUGCCAAGCUCGAACCCAUGCUCUUACGUGACCGGUCCCGAGGCCACUGGCUUCGACUACAACAAGGUGCUAGGCUGCUUCAAGCGCCAAGGGGUGCGUGACAGGCUUGCCACGGCCUACACCAGCGAUACUUCGAUUGCGGGCUGGACCACUAACACCGUUGGCAAAGCUUUAGACUGGGUUUGUGAAGUCUAUGGUGCGCAAAUCCUUGCCCCCGUCGGUCUGGGUGAAGAAAUUUCAGCUUCUGGCGUUUGCGCAGCAUCGGCGGAUUGGCACAUCGCAUUGACCCAAAAUGCUUUCCGAGUCGCCGGGUAUGCAAAAGAAAAGAAGCUUGCAGUCGAGUCCAGCAAUGAUUGCGGUGGCCAAACGGCUGCAUUCUCCAGGCUGUGGUGCGACCUCCACUGCGUCAAGGAUGCUGUCCUGAAGGGCAAUGCGGCGAUGAGGACGAACCUCGAAGAAGCUGUGCGGGUUGUGAAUCAGAAUGUCGAUGCCCUCACCGAAUACUAUGCAGGCCUUCUGAAUCAGAAGCUUGACGUGCUUUCCGAACGCCUGGAUGAGUUCACAAGUCAGAAGCCCACUCUGCAAGUUGAGGAUCUGCGAGCUUCGCUGAGCUCACGCUUGGCGACAGUAAGCAAGCUCCUGUCGGAAGGAGAGCUGGACACGGUGGGCCUCACCGCCUCCCAUCGGGCCCUGGGAAACUUCUUACUAGAUAUGCGCUUGAACCUUGAGAACCUGAAGAACGCCACAGCUUCGGAGGCCGGGGCUUCUUCUUCCAUGGAAGAAGGCAUGGAGUAUGUGCUCGGCAGGACCGACGCGCUAGAACACGCCGUCGCAGUGCUUGCAAGGGGUCGCAAGACUUCGAAGAGCCGUGCGGUGGGUGAGCUCACAGUUGAGGCAGCCAGGCUCAUGCAGGAGGUGGCCCGUUCCCGGAACAACCUCCUCGGCGUCUACAGCCACCGUUCCUCGGAGUGGAAGAAUCGCCAAAAGCAGCUGCUUCGAGGGGCGGAGAGCAAAAGCCUCCUGGAAUCCGACAGCACUCUAAGCCCCAUCAACCCUCUAAGCUCUGUAAACCCUGGUGAUGUUUGGCAAGUGCUGGUGUCCUUGGACGGCACCUGGUGGAGUCUCCGGGCCUCGCUGGACAAGUACUUGAACCAAGCCCGGCGCCAUGCCAAAACUUACCUGGCAGCUGCCAAGAUGCUUCACGGCUACGUCGGCUGCUCCGCUCGCUUCGAUAAGAUGCAGACACGCUACAGGGACUUCCUGAAAGCCGAAGAGGAGCACUUGAAAGCUCUGAAGGAGGUCUGGGCUGCGGCGGUCCCCUCUGCCGGCCUCCUCGUCUCGAAACUCGUGGACAGCAACGCCUUGGUGGGUGUGCAACUCACAGAGCUACACGACCUGAAGUACAGCCGUGCACACUUGGACUUCGGGUCACACAUGCUGUUUGAUCCAAUGGUUCCGGGUGCUAUCACAAGGCUGCUCCCUAGGAGCCAGUGCACGCCGGCUGUGGCCGGCAGAUGGAUAGCGCCUCAAUUGGAGGGACACAUCGUGCUCGCUGCUUGCGAGCUGCCUGCGUCUUGCUUCGACGGCAACACGUGUGAGCAGGGCUUUGCCUGGCCGGCGGACAACUGUGUUGAGCCUCCCGACCGCGGGGAUGGCGAGUCCGACGGUGAGGUUGUCGGAGCCCAGUGCCUCGCCCUCUUUGCAGCUGCCGUGGGCCUCGCCGACUUGUCCCCUCCCGAGUUUGCGAAGUAUCUACCCGAUGCAAGUAGCAGUGCAAGUGCUGGGAAGCCGAUACAGCCGAGCCUCGACUUCAAGGCAGGCCAUGCUGCCGAACAGGCCAUCAGAAUGCUUGACGACGACGACUUUGAGAGAAAGCAGGUUAAGCUUAUGAACACCUGUAUCGCAAAGUGGCAUGUCAUUGCUUUGAGGUAUUCGGAUGUCUUUGAAUUGCCUCGGCCGUCGGACGAGGAGAUUUCGGCAAUGAUGGGUACUCGGUCAGUGCAUACUGUGCUUGCCAGAGCAGGGUCCAUGCUCCAAUUCAUUAGGUGGUGUGACACGGUGCGUGGCAGCAGCGACUCGAUGUUUACUGAUGAAGCCUACUGGGGCUAUCUGCAGUUCCUCAAGACGAGUCGCGCGAGUGCUUCCCGAGGAUCCUCUUUCCUCUCUGCAGUGAGGUUUGCUUGGCAUGUCAUGGAUCUCACAAAAAUCUGCGGCUCGCCGUCGCGGCGAUGCGUGGGCCUGUCAGAGCAGAUGUCUGCUGAAAGAGGCACGCUGCGCCAGUCGGCGCCGUUACUAGUGCAACAGGUGCUGCAGCUGCGCCACAUGCUGCAUAGCGGUCUUGUGUCCAAACUUGACAAGGCUUUUGUUGCAUAUGUUUUGAUUUGCUUGUAUGCUCGUUGCAGACAGAGCGACCUGGCAAAAGUGUCCUACAUUGAAGUGGAUGUCUCUGAAUCAGGACUUGAAGGAUAUGUUAUUUUCUACACGCGCCAGCACAAAACUGCGCGAGCUGCUCGAAGGUUGUCGCAAAUGCUGCCCAUCCUUAUGCCAGUUUGUGGCAUUGAUGAUCAAGAGUGGUUCUUGACGGCGCGGUGUGCCAUGGAGGACAUAUAG